ACUCACAUCCUGAUCAUUUCAACCCAUUUGUUCAUUGUAUAAAAGGCUUCACAAAACCCAAAUUUACUAUCAGUUCAAAGUCAACUGUUGACGAUCAAACUAUAGUCACAACUUUGUCAUAUUCCUUAAAACAAUGGCAUCUUCAAACAUCUAUUCUGGAAUCCGAGCAAUUCUCAUGAUAAUUGUGUGCCUUGUAGUUGUAAAUCUUUCAACCGGAGAACAAAGGUUUUGUGGUAAUAAACUACGAAAUGUCAUCGAACUUAUGUGUCCCAAUGGAGUCAAUGGAUAUAAGGAAAAGAGAAGCUUACUUCCAAUGGAUGAGGAACUAAGCACGGAAACCACUGAAGAAGACUUUAAUUUCGGCUUGAGUCUGGAUAUGUUACCAUUGAUGGAUAACAGUAACAGUAUGAUUGCCAAAAUUCGACGUAGGAGACACGGAAUUGCACAUGAAUGCUGUGACAAGCCUUGCAGUAUAAAAGAAAUUGUUUCUUAUUGUCGAAACUAAACUUUUUUCAACAAUCGUGAAUGAUGCA